GUAGUAACAAUGAGGAAGGGAUAUGUGGAAGUGGGGACUGAAGAUAGUGGGACUGGAUCAGUGUGCCGCGGCCGCUUCACAGUGUAGUGUGGUGAUCCUCAUCAGUGAUUUUUGGCUGGAUUCCUAUACCGAAUAGUUUUCAAAUUCAGUUAAGGAGGUUUUACUUGAAAAACAAGAUGAAGACUGUACGUACACUACCCUGCUCACAUACGGUGCUAAUUAUGACCAUUCUCUGUCUGUGUAGUCUUCAAGGAAACUGGUGCUUAAGAGAUGUUCACCUAAGUGUGCCUACUGCAGUCUUGGUUGGAGGAAAUAUAACACUGAACUGCUCUUACACUCUAGAAAACGAAUCUUUAUACACUCUUAAAUACUACAUUGGUGAUAAAGAACUUUAUCGUUUUAUUCCACAAGACAGUCCUCAGGUUCAUGUGUUUGACCUUCUGGAAGUAGAAACAUAUGAUAUCAAAGAUGGCAAUGUUUUUGUACUAUCCGGGGUCAAUGUCGACUCAACUGGCCUCUACAAGUGUGAAGUGUCAACGGAAGCUCCCAUUUUCUUCACAGUCGUUGAUUCUGCUUUCGUCACUGUUGUUGUGGAACCCGAUAUUGGUCCAACGAUUUACGUACAUAAUGAGAAGGUCCAAGUCGGACAAUCGCUGAAUGCUAGCUGCGCCACAAGAGGAGGCUACCCAUUACCAAACCUUACCUGGUUUGUAGAUGGUGAGCAGGUGACAUACCCAGACAAUAGCCGAAUUACGCAGUACACAGUGGAAGAUGAUGUUGACAGUUCUGUAAGUGAGCUCUCACUGCCGAUAGUGUCCGCUUCACCUAAUGGACAGAUUCACCUUCGAUGUGAAGUUUCUCAAUUUAAUGUGUACAAUGCUUCGAGCGUAGCAGUAGUAGAAGGAGUACCUAGUUCUUCAUCAACAAUACAACAAUUUUAUGUUACAGGCCAUGAAGGAGCAAAGGCAAGUGUGAUGGCACUGGUAAUGAUGACAGCUGUCACGACAGCCAUACUCCACCACUUCAUUAUGAUAUUGUUUUUAGAGGAUUGAAGUUAACUUCUCCCAAAGUUCAACUGGAUGUGAGAAGUAACUUACUAUCAUUUUAUACACAAACAUUCCCCUCCGAGCAGUUAAUUACUUUGAAUUUAAUUCGUAUCUAUCUUUUUAAUUUUACACUCUAGUAUAUUUAAAAUCAGAUUUUACGAAAAUAAUAGUUUCCAAAAAGUGUAUUCGGUUAAACUCAUUAGUUUCAUACUAUUUUGAGUUGUUUUGGCAAACAUUCAUUAAGUAUCACAAAUGCAAAGUCUAUUACAGUCUAUAUUAUUCAAAUAAUUUAUAUUUACAAUACAGUUUUUUCAAUAAUAACAUGUAUAAUUGUAUAAGUUAAGCAGGUGUUAUUAGUUUGUAAUGUAUUUAUAUUCUAGUUCAUUGGAAUUAUAACGUGUUAUAUUUUAAGUAAAAUGUUGAAUAAUAAAAUGCUUCUUUUAAUACA